CACCGUGUGGGCGCCUGCUUUACCCUUGAGCUAUAAAUCCAUGGCUAAGUGCCCUCCAAAAAACAUCACUUCAUCAACAUACAAAGGCAUUCCAAUCUCCAACUAGCAGAAGAGUUUCUCACAUUUCCAAGAACAAAAGAAACCAACAUGAUGAGUGCCAAGGCACUCGCUCAGCUUGCCAAGAAGUUGCAGAGGGUGGCGGCCACCAGGAGGAAGAGGCUCACCUGGUUGUCAUCAACGUCGAAGGAAGAAACCGAAGGGUCAUGCGGCACGUCGUACUCGUCGGUGGCUAGCAAGGGCCACUGUGCCAUGUACACCGCUGAUGGCAUGAGGUUCGAGGUGCCACUGGUGCUCCUUGAGACGACGGUCUUCAGUGAGCUUUUGCGGAUGUCCCAAGAAGAGUUCAGCUUCGUAGGCACCAACGGUGGCAGAAUCACGCUGCCAUGUAAUGCCUCAGUGAUGGAGUACGCCAUGUUCAUGCUCAGGAGAAGUGCCUCCGCAGAGAUGGAGGCCGCAUCCCUCCGCUCCAUGGCGAUGUCAUGUAACUAUCAUGCGGAGCCUCAUCUGGGAGUUAUCCAGCACUUCAGUGUCUGCAACUCCUGAUUACCAACCAACUGUGAAGAUAUAGGAGAAUUAGAAAAGAGGAAAUUGUUUAUGUGAA